CUUCGACAUGGCCGUCGAGGGCAUCGACAAAUUCUCGGUCACUUCAAGCCUAUUUACUCAGCGUCCCUUUGCGAGCGCUGGUCCCUCCCGCUCCUCCGCCGCCACUUCCUCCGCCUUCCAGGCCACCCUCUCAACUACUGCCUCGAGGAGCAUGUCCGGCAGCGCCCUCUGCCAGUCGACGCACAGCUCCGACGACGACGACGAUCCGACGACCCGACGAACGACGACGACAAUGACGCCAUCUUCGCAGAAGCCAGGGGCACGUCACGGCCUCGACCUGCUCAAGAGGGUCGUCUACCGCCUCGCUGAGCCAAGCUUAGAGGAGCGGGUAGGGAUCUGGCGCCAGAUGCGUCGUGGCUUCGAGGGUCACGUCGUUGAUGGCUGCUUGCAGGUGGUGCUGUCCCCGUCGCUGCCCUUGCUCGAGGUCAAGCUCGGCGUGCCCUUUGCCGACGGACCUGCGAGGCUGAAGCUCCUUGGCCGCCCAGACACGAAGCUUCCGCCCCAACCAAGGUCGGCCACACCUGAGGCCUCAUUCAUGAUACGCCACUAUCAGGUCGUGGUCGAGAAUAUGACUGUCCAGCGGGCAAUGCAGAAUUGGCACAAGGUCGAGGGCGAAUGGUCCUUUGUGCUGACGAGGGGGCCGGAGGGGCUGGGCGUAGAGGCGAUGGCUGCGUGGCUGGUGCGCGUCUGUGGGCCGCUGGAGCUGGAGGACGGGUACACCUUGAAGGACUUUGGGUGCCGCCUCUGCCUGACUGGCGAGGACCGUUGCAGGUACCUCAUCAGGAUGGUAGAGGCGUACCACGAGCACAUCGGGUGUGCCUUCUUCCGUUGCGUCGCUUCUGCUCGCAACUAUCCGUCGACCAACCUCUUCAAUGGGGCUUGGUUUGACCACCGCGAGCUCGAAGGGGGCAACAGCGCGCCGCCCGCUGUGCCCUUCAAGACGCUACACGGCUCGCUGGCCAAGAGGCAGGAUAGGCGGGCGCUCCAGCAGCAGCAGCCCAGCAAGCACAAGGAAGCUGUGAUCUACGAAGAGCUGAUGAAGGAGGCGCUCAUCGAGCCAGCUCCCGAAGAGGAGCCAAUCUUCAACUUUCUCCCUUCUCGCGUGCGUCCCCCCGCGCCACGCAUCGAAGAUGGCCUCACCUUGUCCGUCGACGGCGUCUUCAAUGAGACGUGUGUGCUGGCUCCCCCGAUCAGGCAGCCAGGUGUGGUGGAGCAGCGCUUUUGGCAGGUGGUCCGGCGGCACCCCUAUGGCUCUUCUGAGCCGAGCCAGCCGGAGCAGGCAGCAGCGCAAAGCGUCGGCGAGGAGGCGGCAUCAUCAUCUGUGUUGCGCAUGCCUCCUCCCGCGCACCCUCAACAGACGCGCCCUGCUGCCUUCCGCCGACCUCAGGCGCCAUCGACCACCAUCUUCUAUCCUCCCUCAUCUCCUCCUCCUCCUCCUCAUCAUCAAGGCGUGGGGUCCGUCAGAGACCAGGCUCCGUGGAGCAACAUGUUCCGGCGCUCGGACCGGGUCGUCUCCCCCGCUGCCUCUCGCGAGCUAUCAGAGACUUCCGCUGGCAGUGGCACUCGUGGGGCUUCUUCAGCAGCCCGUCGGUCCUCGUCGCCCGGCCCUAUGGCAGCGGCGGCCUCACUGAGCCAGGGGCUCAACUUUGGGAGAGACGCGGGAGCUCAGCCUGGCUCGCAGCUGCUCAGAGACGCGGACAUCUUCGCAGUCUCCCAGCUCAACCGAGAGCAGCUGGCGAGGGAGCAGCGGGAAAGGCUGGAGCGCGAGGUGGAGGAGGAAAUGGCAAAAUCCGCAGCAGAGGAGGCGCGACGCCAUUGCGAGGAGCCAGCGAGCGGAGGAGGAGCGAGCUGCGGCGGAGGAGAAGGAACGCGUUGA